UCUGACAGGGCUAAAAUCUAGGUAAAUAUUAAAUAGUUUAUGUUAUCUCUUUUUUUAUUGAUAGCUUGCUUAAAUAUAGGAUAGCCUAAAUACAUUGUUUAUUAUUAUAAGCAGUAGUAGUGCUAAUAUAAACCCACAAUAAAUCAGUAGCGUAAUGAAAGAAAGAAAGAAAGAAAGAAAGAAAGAAAGAAAGAACGAAAGAAAGAAAAAUAAAUUUCAGUUUGAAUUUUAUAAUUCCACUAAGGUUUUGAAUCGAUAAGACUAUAGAACCCAGGCUGCAAUAUUAACAUUAUGAUUGGCUAACGUGGUUGUCAAGGAUACUGGAAGCCCAGCGAGCCGGCGGUCUGGAUGUGUGACGUCAUCAUUCAUUGAUAGACUGCUUUCACGGCAGUAAUGACUUCCCUGAGUCCAAUGGAGCUGGAUAGGGAGUUUAUUAUUAUUAUUAUUAUUAUUAUUAUUAUUAUUAUUAUUAUUAUUAUUAUUAUUAUUUACUGUAUUAGAAGAAAGAGGAGGCACAUACCGGGACCUGUUAAAUAUUUGAAAGCCGCUUUUGUAUCACCCAGAUCAAGGGAUAAGAGAUCCUCAUAGGGAACUUUUUGAGUGUCUCUCCUUUUCAGCGUGGCCAGCAUUGUGAAAGUUGUGGGAUCGACCUAUGUAGUCCUGAAGUCUUCCGAGCAGUCUCGGGUAUCCUGUGCUGCCGUGGGGUCACUGCCAGCCUCUGCAAACUGCUCAGAGACUUCUGUCAGCAUUGAUUUCCCUGAUGAGGAUGAGGACAAUGAUCCUGCCAAGGUGCAGGACUGGGGUGCCUUGGAUCCCUCAGCCGAAGCCAAGAGAGAAGAGAAAUGGUGUGAAGAUGAAACAGCUGACAGAAGUAUCGGCACACCAGAAGUAGUGAUCACACAGGCAGAUGAGAGUGAUGUUGACCACGAGUGCAUGGACGAUGACUUGAGGAGCGUCACAACCUCCUCAGUAACAUCCCAGUCCCUUUUCCAGCGUGUACAGUUGGAUUCCAUGGAACGGGAUUGGUUCCGCUUUGCAGCCCUGGGAAACGCAGCCGCCCUGGGCCAGCUCCUGAAGCAGGAUCCAACGCUUGCAUCCAAAAGGACGGCGCGCCACUGGGCGGCCAAGCACGGCAGGCUGGAGAUGGCCGAGAUGAUCGCCAAAGCAGGCGUCGGUGUCAGCAUUAAAACGAGAUCCAUGGCCUGACCAGUAGGGGGAUGUGUGGGAGUGUGCGAGCAGGGGAGAGCUGAUGUUCCCGAGGCCAUGCACAAGCACAGAUAUCCAAG